AAAUGAGUGCGUCCAAAAAGCCGAGAUAUUUCACUAAAUCAUACUAUUCAAACAAGAAUUAUUCUGUUGCCAAAACUACACGAAAAUUAAAGCAUGUCCAGAUUGCUCUUACAAGUCCUUCAUCAGAAGAAGUCUGCCAAAACUCAAAUUCAAGCAAGGAUAAAGCUAGAUCGCAUCAAAAGUUAACCUUACCAUCCAAGAACGGCCACAUAUCGUCACAGAAAUAAAUCUAAAUGGGACACCUGGAGGACUCUGGAGAAACGCCAUGCUGAUUUAAACGCGAAUGGGAAAGCUUGAGUCAAUCGAAAAUACAGAAACUCAAAGAACAGAACUUCUCAGAACCUCAUGAAAUCCAAAUUUAAUCAUUUCCUGAAGGAGAAAGCAUCUGUUGAACCACCUAGUGAGUACUACGUUCUUGAAACCAACGAGGAAGAGUCUAAAAUAGUUAGGAAUAAACCAAGCAAGAAAAAUUCAAGGAUUUUAGCAAAAUUUUCUUCUCCAAAUGACUUAAAAAGAUCUAUUAAACAAAUUAGCAAGAAAAUACAGAAGAAUAUCGAGGACUCUAGUCCAGGAAAAUCACCAAACAAGUAUGAGUCCCCGGCUCAUAAGAAAAAGGCGAAAGAUGAUGAGAAAUACCUCUCAACUAUAAGGAAGAGGUUUGGGAAAAGAAUUCCCAAACCUUCAGGAGACAGUUCUGGAAGAGCCACUUUCUCCCCACAAGUACAUACAUCUAGUGAUCGAAAUGGGAAAUCUCAGACCAAUUUUAGCUUAAAAACAGAAGAAUACCUACAAAAUAACAGACAGAAGGAAGAAGAGAGGGAUAUCAUGAAAUUGAGAGGCAAACAUUCUCUUGGAUCUCAGAAAUACAGCACAAAGAUUUAUACAUUUAAGAAGUAUGCCUUAGAGGACCCGAGGGAAACCCCACCUCUAAAAAUAAGUAUAAAUCAGAGAUACAUUCCUACAAAUCGUAAGAGCAGUUACCUCAGUAAAUCUCAAAAGGAGCCAUUUAAGAUUGCCAAAGAUGCAAAAGAUUGUGAUGAUUUUGAAGAAAAUAGAAAUAUUUUUAAUCAAAAAUCGUCUAAACUUAAAUCUUUUCACCCAAAGCAAAAGAAUUUUAUACCUCUGAAGGCAAGAAUGAGCGGGUCUAAAUCCUCACUGAAUUUCCACAGCUCAUUUUCAGACAUAAGGCCGCACUUUGGAAGAGAUUUCGUAGCUGGAAUUAAGAAGAAAAUUAAUUACAAGUCCUACUUGUCCAGAGAAGAAAAUAGCAAUCUAGCAGCUUCAAAAUCAAGCUAUAUCAGUAGCCAAAGCACUUCUAAUAUACUACCAGGUUCGAGGAUAACAAAAAGUGCUAGAUUUGGGGCUAGAAAAGUCCACAUCGGACACACAUAAUUUAUCGAACUUUGCAUCAGUUUAGAGCAUCAAAAAUAGAUUUUAAGCAAC